CCGACACAACAACAACAACAGUCACGAGCCAGCACCUGCUCAGUGUCGGCAACGGAAGGUCUGGAAGGCUUCGAGCCAGUGCGUGUCGUUGGUACACGUCACUAUAGGCACAGGAUCGAUGGCUGCGCUGUACAACGCGUGUGUGGAGAACGAGCUCGGGAUCGUCCAGCUCUUGCUGCAGCACGGAUGCGAUGUGAACUUUGACACGGGCAUGGGCGUGACGCCGCUUCAUGCAGCGAGCGGCCGUGGGCACGAGGCCAUCGUGCGCGUGCUGCUGGAGAAUGGUGCCAAUGUCAACAAGAUGGCCAAGCUGUCCGAGUUUAAGGACCAUGUCCCCACGCCGUCCGAUCACGCACCACCGGUCGAGCACGGCGGGUGGACACCGCUGCACCUGUCCAUCGGCGAGGGCCAGGACCGCGUGGUGCGGCUGCUGCUGGAGCACGGCGCUGGCGUCGAUAACACAGACGGAUACGGCUUCACACCGCUGCACUAUGCAAGCCACCGCGGGUUUGCGUCCAUUGUGAAGAUUCUGCUGGAACACGGCGCCGACGUCAACCACGCAGCACUCAAGGAUGUGGCCCCCCAUCCACAGCUGCAGCAUCAGGGCCGCACGCCGCUGUUCUCUGCCUGCGAGCAAGGUCGGCUGGAUGUGGUCCAGGCCCUUCUUGAUCACGGCGGUGACGUCCACGCAACAGACAAAUACGGCCAAACCCCGCUGAUGGUUGCAGUGCACUACAAGCGCGUUCUCCCCGUCCUCGUUCUCCUCGCGUUUGGCGCAGACCCAACCAUCCCAGACAACUCUGGCCGGACGGCGGUUGAAGAGGCGGUGGCCGGCGGAGACGAGCAGAUCAUCAAGAUGGUCCGAGCAGCCGCAGCGAGCAGGCUGCUGCACCGAUCGUGUGUUGAGAACGACUUGGAUGCUGCGCUCGCCCUUUUAGACAACAACACCGGGCCCGACACAAAGAAUGACCAGGGGAGUGCGCCAAUUCACGUUGCCUGCAAGCACGGAUCACUUGCUGUCGUGAAAGCGCUCGUUGACCACGGUGCUGACAUCAACGCCCUGGAUGCAGAGGUGCAGGGAACACACCGCUGCAUAUUGCGACUCAGCAGAACAAUCUUCCCCUCAUCCAAUUCCUGGUGGACAGUGGCGCCCGCACGGACAUUUGCAACGACAGUGUAA